CAAAAAUUACGGCGUGGAUUUAUGGUUAAAAUUUAGCGAAACUGUCUGUUGCUUGUUUUACAAAGUAAUUGUUGAAUUAGAGUUUUACACAGAAUUUUAUAAGCCUGUUUGUAAUCUAAAUUAGGAGUUGUGGAUGUUGAGAUAAUGACCGAUAAUUCAAAAGUUUUGAGGCAAAGUUUGUGCAUAUCAUUGUCAUUAGCGCGUAAGUCGGGCUCCCCCCCGGUGUUUAGUGUGUUAUAGCAGCGGCAGACAGUAUUUUAGGAAAUGGUGCUGAUUGUGUUUGCUAACGGAUCAAAAGAGAAUUUUAUUUGAUUGUGUGUAUUGAAGUAGCAGCGAUAAUUAGGCGUCGAGAUGUAUCCAGCGCCGACGCGGCACCCGGCUGCCGCGGUAAGGGGACCUCAGCCUACGUCUGGGCCCAUAAAGUUUACGAUAGCCGACACUUUAGAACGUAUCAAAGAAGAGUUUAACUUUUUACAAGCCCAAUAUCACACAUUGAAGUUAGAAUGUGAGAAACUGGCAAGUGAGAAAACAGAAAUGCAAAGGCAUUAUGUUAUGUAUUACGAGAUGUCGUAUGGACUUAACGUGGAAAUGCAUAAACAGACUGAAAUAGCAAAGAGGCUUAACGCUAUAAUAGCCCAAGUUCUGCCGUUCCUUGCGCAAGAACAUCAGCAGCAAGUGGCGUCAGCGGUGGACAGAGCGAAGCAGGUCACCAUGUCUGAGCUCAACGCUAUCAUUGGGCAGCAACAGCAACAAGGCCUCCAGCAACUCCUUCAGCAGAUCCAUGCUUCGGCGGGCCUGUCACACGGAGUGGGCGGGGCUUCGGGUCUGCUUGGGGCGGGCGGGUUACUCUUCGCGCCGGGGGCGGGGCCGCCGCCGCCGCCGCACUUGCCGCCGCAAGCGCAUAAGGUGGAACUACCUCCCCCGGCGGACAUCAAGCCCCCAGUCUUGCCAGGGGGGCCGGCCCCGCCCCCCUUGUUGCCGGGGCAACCGCCGCCUCGCGAGGAUGACAGGCACGCAGCGUCCAGGGCUAUGCAACAAUUACCCUUCCAGAGACGUUCGGUGUCGCCGCACGAGCGCGAGCAAAAGUACCGGCCGCGCUCCCCAGCCGAACCGGAGGCUUUGGACGCCAAGCGACGGAAGGAGGAGAAGGUACUCAGUCAUGUGAGUCUGUGUAGUGACAGCGACGCGGAAAAAAGUGACCAAGAUCUUGUAGUAGAUGUGGCCAAUGAGGAAGAGAGGGGUUCCCCAAGCGUUCGCACUGAGGGCGGGGAAAGAACUGAAAAUGGACCGAGGCCGCCUUCUAGAUCCGGUUCAUCUUCAAGUCGUUCCACGCCCAAGAGCUCUAAAGAUGAAAAACCCGGAACGCCAGGUGCUAAAAUGGGGCGGGCUUCCACGCCCACGGGAUCGGGGCGUGGCUACGGGUUCCCGGGGUACGCGGGGUACCGGCCGCCGCACCCCUACGACCCGCCGCCCCAUCAUAGGACCAACGGGAUCGCGCCAGCCAAGCCAGCGUACUCAUAUCACACAUGUGGCGGGCCUCUCCAGCCCGUCCCAUUCCCGGCCGACGCGCUAAUCGGCCCGGGGAUUCCCCGGGGCGCGAGGCAAGUGGCUGCCUUGCCUCACGGUGAAGUGGUGUGUGCUGUGGCCCUAUCCCUUAGUAAUGGGGCUCGACACGCUUACACGGGAGGCAAGGGGUGUGUUAAACUAUGGGAUAUCACGAAUCCGGUGUCACCUACAACGCUGGAACCUCUUUCACAGUUGGAUUGCUUGCAAAGAGACAACUACAUAAGAUCAGUAAAGCUACUGCCGGACGGGCGGACCCUUAUUGUAGGCGGGGAGGCGUCCAACCUAUCGAUAUGGGACCUCGCGUCGCCCACGCCUCGUAUGAGGGCCGAACUGACCUCGUCCGCGCCUGCGUGCUACGCGCUCGCUAUCAGUCCCGACUCUAAGGUAUGCUUCAGUUGCUGUUCAGACGGAAACAUAGCUGUAUGGGAUCUACAGAACCAAACAUUAGUUAGACAAUUCCAAGGACAUACAGACGGCGCGUCGUGCAUAGACAUAAGCCCGGACGGCACGCGGCUGUGGACCGGCGGGCUGGACAACACUGUGCGCUCGUGGGACCUGCGCGAAGGCCGCCAGCUGCAUCAGCAUGACUUCAGCAGCCAGAUCUUCAGCCUGGGCUACUGUCCCACCGGUUCAUGGCUCGCGGUCGGCAUGGAGAAUUCUCACGUGGAAGUGUUACACGCGGGCAAACCGGACCGCUACCAGCUAUUACUGCACGAAUCGUGCGUGCUAUCACUACGAUUUGCCAGUUGUGGCAAAUGGUUCGUGUCUACAGGGAAGGAUAACCUACUAAACGCGUGGCGCACGCCGUACGGUGCCAGUAUAUUCCAGUCCAAGGAGUCGUCAUCAGUGCUCAGUUGUGAUAUAUCGGCGGACGAUAAGUUCAUAGUGACGGGCUCCGGCGACAAGAAGGCAACGGUUUACGAGGUCGUCUACUGAAUAAUCUCAAAUGAACUUGCGGUCCAGUGAAGUGAGAUUGGUUUUAUACUGACGGUUGGUGUUGGCUGUUCGACUUGACAAGGUCUGGUAUGUCGAAUAAAUAACGAGUUUGAAUUUAGAACUCUGGAAUGGCUGAGUUUGAAUUAUGUACUUGGGAAUGGCUGAAUUUGAAUUAUGAACUUGGGAAUGGUUGAGUUUUGACUUGAAAACUCUGGAAUGGCUGGGUUUGUUGAAUCGAAGAAUCGAGAAUGCCUGAGUUUGAAUAAAGGACUCGGAUGUGGCUGAGUUUGAAUUAUGAACUCGGGAAUGACAGAUAAAAUUAAGUACUCUGAAAUGGCGGAGUUUGAAAAAGGAAUCAGGAAUUUCUGAGUUUAAAAAAGGACUCAGAAAUGGCUCAGAUUGAAUAAAGAGCUGGAGAACAGCAGAGAGAAUUCAAACGAUUGAGUUCAUUUUGAAUUUAUAAGUUGAGUUAUUGUUGUUAAGGAUUCGUUUUUAUUAUAAGCUUACCACAUACACUCUAGCAGCAAAUAUGUGCGGUACAUACUUUUCUUUUUCAAAAUUUUACACGUAGCGUAUCUUAACAGAACUGAAUUUAUAAAAAAAAGGUUGUAAGUUAAUUUAAGAGGUAAGAAAAAAGAGCAUAGCUCUAAUUUGUCAUCAGCCAAUCCCAAUCACGUUAAUUUAAGUGUAAUUUUAAUGUAACUGAUAGAAAUAGAUCAAUGUUGCACCGUUAAACAUUAAUAUUUUAGUGUUAUUGUAUAUUUUUAUAAUGAAAUAAGAAAAAAACAUUUUUUAUUAUUUUCCAUGAGUUGAGUUAGUUUAGGGUCCAUUUCUUACAUGUAUUAAAUUAUUUUACAGUCCAAUCAUCACAAUGGACUAACGUGACUAUUUUAAUAACGUAGAUCUUUAAAAUCGUAUACAUAUCUUUAUUUUUUCAGUAUAUUUUCGAAGAUUUAUUGUAAAAAAGAUACCAUAAAACUAUUAGGUCCCUAAGUAAACACAUUAUGAAAAAUUUACAUUAAUAGGACUUCAUUUUAUUUGAUAGAUUUUUUUUUAUAAAAAUAAGGAUGUUUUAAAAAAAAUGCUUUACGGUUGAUGUUUCUUUUCAUCGACAAACUUCACGUAGAAGAAACGCACACACGCUUUUAGUGGAUUGCGAGAGAAUAUCAUGAAUACGGAACCCAUCUUAAGCCAAAACAAUACAAUGACCAUCGUAAUUUAGACCUAAUGAUUUGAAAUAAAAGUGAAACCUAUAGCAAUGUGACAUCUAAGGUUGCACCAACAUUGGCACAAGAUGGCGCCACCAGUAAAUGUCAACAUUUUUUCACUUGUCAUUCUGCUUUAGACAGAUAAUUUUUUUUUAACAUUUCUUGGAGACCUGUAUUAAAUCUUCUAUUUUACUAGAGAUUUAUCCUAAAAAGUGGGUUCCAUAUUUAAUUAACAAUAUCAUACCAUACCAAUUUGUGAAAUAUGUUCGCGAAGAAAAUCUAAACCGGUGCUGAAUAGGAUAGUCGACUAACUUUGAUCGUAACAAAAUGAACAA